UUCUGUGCAGAGUUGUUUCUGUGUUUACUGUUUUGUCGAUGUUUGUUUAUGUUUGUAUAAUUUUGCAGUGCACUGAAUGAAGCAGAAUUCUUUUAGUGAUUUGGUGUUGCUGUCACGUUGGGGACACAGUUUCUUUUGGGUAACGAAGAUAUUCAGUAUUAUACAAACAUGGUUAAAUUAUCAUUUCGAGCACGAGCGCUUGAUGCAACAAAGCCAAUGCCAAUAUAUUUGGCAGAAGAACUGCCUGAUUUGCCCGAUUAUACUGCAAUUAACAGAGCUGUACCUCAAAUGCCUAGCGGUAUGGAAAAAGAAGAAGAAAGAGAGCAUCAUCUACAAAGAGCAAUAUGUAGUGGGCUUAUUAUUCCAACUCCUGAGGUGCAUGACAUUGGAGACGAAGAAGUAUACAAUGAACUGUACCCAGCAAACUUCGAAAUGCCAAGGCAGCUUAUUAGGAUGCAGCCUAUUGCAAUGGAGCAAGAUGUCAUAGAGUAUGAUAUGGACUCAGAUGACGAGAUAUGGCUUAAACGCACCUCGAAAUUGGAUCUAACACCAGUAAAAUUUGAAGAAAUGAUGGAUAAAUUGGAGAAGGCUUGCGGGCGAACUGUUCUGUCGGCUGCUGAGGCCAAACGAUUGCUAAAAGAAGACGAAGAUUUAGCUAUUGCUGUUUACGAUUAUUGGUUAAACAAACGGUUGAAAUUGCAGCAGCCGCUAAUACCAAACGUAAAAACAGAACACAGGUUAGGUUCUCUUCCAAACAAUCCCUAUGUAGCAUUUAGAAGAAGAACCGAAAAGAUACAGACAAGGAAAAAUAGGAAAAACGGUGAGACGUCUUAUAAGAAAAUGCUCAAACUGAAAAGAGAUCUUAGCAGAGCUGUCUCUUUGCUUGAGCUUGUUAAACGCCGCGAGAAAACUAAGAAGGAGGGCAUUCGUCUUACUUUCGAGAUAUUUAAAAAGCGCUACGAAGCUAGUGACUUUUCUGGCCAAUUGUUGGAAGAAGUUUCGGCAAUGAAACAGGCACAGCCUAAGUUUACAUCUCCUUUUUCGAGUCAGUUUGGUUUAAGUGCACAUGAUAGUCGUAAAGGAAAGAUGAUUGGAAGUGAUGCAUCUCUUAAAGUCAAGCGACAUUACAAGAAAAGGAAACAUAAAAUGGGAAGCUCAUCAGGUGCAGGGCUUUCGAUUGGUGGUGAUUAUCUUCAUUAUGGUUCCUCAUCAAAACUGCAGGAUAUUGGCACUUCAGGUGAUGAAAUUGAUAGUACAACAGCAAGGACUAUGGCUUUAACAGAAUCAACUGUUUCAGACGAAGAACAAGAUCUCUGUGAAGGCCCUUUUGCUUUCCGUAGGAAGGAAAACUGUUAUUACCAUGCUUCAUUGUGUGGUACCUUCAACAGCCGCAACAGCACGAGUAAAGAUUCGACAGUUGUAUCGAAUGCUGCAGGUAUUAGUAAAAUUCGGUGCAGAGUAGGAAGAGGAGGGAGGAUUAUAUUUGACCGAGGGGAUGUUUUAUCUCUCCAUGAUGACGAUUCAGUGGGACUACUUCCUAACAAUUAUUCAAGUUAUAAGGUGAAACCAUUGUCUGUGUUAAAUUUUAAGACUGAUUCCGAAGUUAGUAGCGAUGAAGAGGAAUGGCUCCCUCGACCAGUGAAUGAUAGUGACAGUGAUACAGUGUUUGUGACCCUGUUGCAGAAAAAUUCAGAUGGUGACUUCGAUGCAUCAGCAUUUUCUGAUGUAGCGUAUAGUGAACAAGAGGCUUUCACGGAGGACGAAUGUGAAAAUAAAAGUAUUAGUGGUCAAACUGACCCAUUACAAGUGAUUAUAAAUGGUGGAAAGGUGUCCUAUGAAGACAGACUUGUUGACAGAAUAGGCUGUUCAUAUUUCAGUGUAGAUUCAAGACCGAGUGUUGCUAGUGCAUUAACUGCUCCUGUAGCGGUGCUGCCGUCGGCUGAAUCAUAUUCUAGCUCUGCUCUCCCAAUGCAAGAUGUUGCUGUAAAGACUGAAACUGAGCACUAAAAAUUUUUAGUGGUUAUAAUUUUCCCCUACAGGUCCUUGCUACAUUGUUGCACAUCCCCAUGGCUCCCAUGAUUUUAUGAAAACAUUUAUUUAAAAAUAUUCAGGAAUAAAGUUACAAAAUUGUUA